CGACGGCGGCCGCGCGAAGCCAAACCCCGUCGCUGCGCGUUUCCCUGCGCGCGCAACAUCCGGGUGCCCUGAGGAGCUGCGCAGGCCCAACCCCCGCGUGUUUCCCGCCCUUUUCUGAGGCGCCAUGAAGUGCGUAGUGGGGGGGUUUCACUUGAGAGUGUUUGGAAGAGCGAUACAUGCCAUAGCCCGUAUUAGUGAUGAAUUUUGGCUUGACCCGAUUGAAAAAGGGCUUGCUCUACGAUCAGUGAAUUCUUCUAGGUCAGCAUAUGCAUGUGUCUUCUUUUCAUCUAUGUUUUUUCAACAUUACUGCUCCGUGACUGUGUCUGAGGUACAUCAGGGAGAGAGACAAUUACACUUUCCUUGUAAAUUAGUAAUGAAGUCUGUCCUUCCCAUAUUCAGAUGUCUAAACACACUAGAGAGGAAUGUAGAGAAGUGCAACAUUUAUACAAAUGUCAAUGAUUGUCAUGUAAUUUUUCAGCUCUUCUGCAAACAUGGUGUUAUAAAAACUCAUAACCUGACUUUUCAAGAAUGUGACCCCUUACAAGCUGUUUUUGCAAAGCAUAUGUGUCCUAACAUACUGAAAGUCCAGUCAAGGCUGCUGGCUGAUAUCAUGAUUCAUUUUCCAACCUGUCAAGAGGAAGUAACUUUAGCUAUUACUCCAAUGAAAGUAUGCUUUAAGAGUUAUACUGAGGAGGAAAGAGAUUUUUCAAAGGCAAUGCACACUGAGAUACAACUUCAUCCAGACGAAUUUGACUACUUUCAAGUUGGAGUAGACUCUGAAGUAACAUUUUGUCUUAAAGAACUGAGGGGACUACUCACGUUUGCAGAGGCCACUACUGCUCCUGUUUUGAUUCACUUUGAUACGUCUGGAAAACCAAUUGCUUUCAGCAUUGAAGACAUGAUGGUGGAGGCCACUUUUGUUUUGGCUACAUUAGCAGACAUUGAACACGGGAUCUCUCAGCAAUCUCAGUGCCUUUCACAAAGGCAGAAAAGGUCCACCUUGACAAAAACUUUUGCAGAUAAGACUGAAAAUGUCCCAAACAGCUCUGCAGACAAAGAUAAUGAUUCAAAAAGACCAUCUUCAAAAAAGCUGUGUUGGAACAGAAGUAUGUGCAACUCUGCAGAGUCAUCGGUAGAAUUGCCAAACUUUCCGUCAAGGAGAGAUGCAGCAGGUGACAGCACAAUGGUGGAAGCACUAGUGCCAACAGAUUCUGAUCAUCACAAGCUACAAGCUUUUUAUGAGCCUCAAGAAGAGCAAAUUGGGGGAAACAAUUGUGAGCUACUCUUAUUCAUAAGGAAAUGUUAUAUCGCAAGUGGCUGGGAGAUAACUGUAAACAUCAUUAAGGAUCAUUCAGAAAACCCUCAGCAUCAGUUACUGAAAUGCCAGCUGUUCAAAUACUGAACAUCACUGCUGACAAAUCCAGGCACAUGUAAAUAUUUGUUGGGGAGAAACGAAGUGAAUAUAUAUUAUGAGGAGGAAAAAAGCAGUGGUGAGAUUUACAGGCAUUGCACGACACAGCUGCCAAUUAAUUUGCUUAUCUUGCUUUGAUUUCUGUCAUUACAGCAUGCUGACAAACGCUUAGUGCAGUUUCCCAUUCUAAAAUAUUCUAGUGUGGGUAGAUGUGCACGAUCUCUGAAGGUGACCUAUUUUACAGACGGCACAGAAUAAUGAAGUCAUGAUUACUGUGACCGUAACAGUAUCAUGAUAGCACCGAGACCAUGCUAGGUGCUGUCCAUAUACUUCCCUUCACCAGUCCUGAAUAAUUCGUGCCCAGCAAAUGGACAACUGAGAGAUGUCACUAGGUGUUUUUACAUUGUGUGCAUCAGAGCAAUGCUUUUUCUUUUAGAGCAUGUCUUUGUAAAACUGGCUCAGAGGCCUGCUUUCAAAGAAACACAUGGUCUCUUCAUGCAAUUCAUUCAGAAAUAAGUGCGCUGCUUUAAAGCUCAGUUAAGAAGUUAGCUCCAGUAUUUAAGUGCCAGCAGGCAGGUGCAACCAUAUGUAACCUGACACAUUGUUAACUGCUUGGACACUUCAUUCAUAACAUGCCGAUCAAGAUCCCAACGCUGGAAAAGUCAGCGUGACACCACGUACCAAGUUUCUAGCCUCAUUUUAUUUCUAUAGAAACUGUCGAAUCCUAUUUUCACAACUGUCUUCAUUACCCAUCUCUCAGGGUCUUAGUGUCCUAGAACUCUCAAUAAUUGCUCAAGUUACUUCACAAGAUAAAACUUCUCUGCAAAUACUGUGCUAGAUGGAUUAAGACAGAGUAAGGGCAUGGGGGAGAAUGGAAACACCCACAUCAAUUCAUACUGCCCCGAAACCUUCCAUUCACGGUGGGGGCAUUAUGGAAUUUGAAUUCAUUCCCCUGUAACAUCUGGGGCUGCCCACUGACGGUGACGUGGCAUAGCAAUUGCUGUGCCCAAAGAAGUCUGAUCCAUAAUCUAGCGCAUUGGGCGGGGUUGAGAGCAGAAUCCCUUUUCAUUUGGAAUGAACAUCCCAGAAGUUAACACAUUCAAACCUUUCCAAGACACCGAAAUGCAGCUGGUUCCAACAUCCUCAGCUCCGCCAAGAGUCAUUUCUAACAAGACGGGUUAAAGAAAGACCCUGAGCUUUCCAUUAACUAAGAAACGCCUCCAAGCAGAGCGGCCCGUUUGAUGGAUCAGGGGCUUACAAAUCAACUGAGCUCAGAGCCUUCAGCGCAGAGCACAGCUAGCUCUGGGCCAUCGCCUCUCCUGCACAGGGCUGUGUUGCAACUGAUUAGCAAUGCUUUUCUUUUUGUGGGGCUCCCAGCCUCACUUGGUUCAGAGUCUAGCAGCGUUAACGUGUACUGUAACCAGAAAUCCAUGCAAAGAAUGCAGAUCCCGUGACUCUGCAUAUACUGCUCUUGAGACUUGGAAAGGUCAGGCCAGGCUGUCUCCGUCCAGGGAAGGGCUGCGAGAGCUCGUCACGAGUGGUCCACCUUGUCGGUCACUUAAUCACUUUGACUGCUUUGCACAAAAUAGAAGGACUAUAAUUAGACACUCCGACCCCCUGAAAUAAAACAGUCACUGAACAGACAUAGGCUAAAAGACGAACCAGCAGGCUGCUUGAAGCUUGCACCCAUUUUUUAGGCACGUAAUAAAAAGCAAACAUCUGGUCCCUGGCUCAGCGGACUGGUUAGACAUAGUUUACAUAAUGCUCUCUGGGGAAAGAAGUUUAAGGUCAG